AUGGGUUUUUUUUAUUCCCUGCUUUUCGUUCUGCUGCGACGACACUUCCUUGCGUUUUCGGUUUGCGACCGCCCACAGCUCAGGAAGCUGCGGUGCGUGGAGCGUGGGGCGGUGGCAUUUCCGGGCCUCGUUGGCGCAUUGCUCGUUGGCCGCUUUGUUUCGUGCCGCAUUCACGGCGCUGCUAUGGCGGCACAGCGCGCGACGUCCUUCGGCGGCGGCUCUUGGAUGUACGAGUGGGGCCAUGGCGGGACGACGGGCGGCGGCGCGCGUGCGUCGCCGCGGCUCAUGACCUCCACUGCCGCUGCUGCUGCUGCUGCUGCUUCUGUGGCGUUGCGCAGUCCAAACUCCCCCGGGGAGCGCCGGCCGGACGUGCGGCGACCCAUGUGGUCUUUGGACGACUUCGACGUGGGACGAAAGUUGGGGGAGGGGCGCUUCGGCAAGAUUUACCUCGCACGGGAGAAGCGCACGAAGUGCGCAGUCGUGCUGAAAUGUCUCUCGAAAGACAUGCUCCGCUACCACGGUCUCGCCCACCAGCUGCGGCGGGAGGUGGAGCUGCAGGAGUACGCGGGACGUGGUCAUCGUCACAUCCUGCGCCUCUUUGCGUACUUUUGGGACGAGCUGCGGGUCUUCUUGGUGUUGGAGUACGCGGACGGGGGGAACCUGCUGACCCUGCUGGACUCGCGGGUGCGGCAUCGCCUGUCGGAGGAGGCUGCGCGGGGCAUUUUGCGGCCGCUGCUCUCAGCCCUCGCCUUCCUGCAUGAGCGAGACAUCAUACACCGUGACGUGAAGCCGGAUAAUGUUUUGAUCAAAGGCGACGAGGUGAAGCUGGCGGAUUUUUCGUGGGCCGUGCGCCUCGACCGCGGUGCCACGCAUCACACCCGCCGGUACACACUUUGCGGCACGAUCGAUUACCUCGCACCGGAGCAGGUCUCAAGGCAGGGCUGCACGACGAAGGCGGAUGUGUGGGCCCUUGGGAUCUUGACCUACCGCGUCCUGUGCGGUUGUCUCCCGUUUGAGCACCUCUCCGCCUGGGAGGUGUGUGCCCGCAUCACAAAAGGGGAUGUGCGCUAUCCCUCGCAUCUUUCAAUGGAGGCGUGCGACUUUAUGAAGUCCCUCCUCUGCGUGGAUGAGGCCAAGCGGCUUUCGUGCGAGGAGGCUCUGCAGCACCCCUUCAUUCAAGGCAACAGCUGCGGUCUAGACGACGAGAGCGUAGAGACGGAGCUGCCAAGCGCCGUGGGAUCUUCCUGCUUAGGCACGCCUGAGACGUGGGGGGACGCACAGCUGACGCAGCUGCCGCAGCUGCCGCAGCCUUCGCUCACGACGGUGGCGGCGGACUCUGCAGCCUCUGCGCGGGGACGGGAGCGGCAAACCCAACCACCGCUGCAAGUGAGCGAUAAAAGUAACGGGGAUGGUAGUAGUCAAAAUAGCACCAACAACGGCAAUGGUGCGACCCGCAAGUGGGCCACGACAGCUACUUGCAGCCAGUCUCUUUCGGGUGUGAGCUUUGUCACGGUUAGUUCUUCCCAUUCCACGGAACGCAUUCCGAGCGUGCAGGACGUGUGCACGCCCGACAUCUCCCCUGUCCCGCACAGUGAGUGGAUGAUGUCGGGGAGAAACGUUGGCAACGGGACAGCGUCAAAGGGCGGCUCCGAGGAUGUGGCAACCUCAAGCCAAGGGGCGAGUUUUAGUCGCCCCCGUAACCAGAACAGCACAUGCGAUAGAAGCGGCUUGGCAACGACGCAGCGCGGCCCGACUCCAUCCCUCUCACCGCAGCUCAUUUACCCGAAUGCCGUCACUGACGAGGUCUGGCGUGGGGCAGAAAAUGGGGAGAGAAACUGCGUCAUGCAGCUGCGCUUUGACGAUAGUCCUGUGUCCCUUUCUCAGCUCACAGCCGCGUCGGCGAGCACCGUUGAUUCCGCCGGGAACACGUAG